AUGGCGCACCAAGACAAAAUUGAACUGCUCAUUGACGAAGCACUCAAUCAACAAGCAAAGAGUGACCAACACCCACCAUGGGACUGUCUUGCGCUAGUAGGGCUCACGUCUGUCAACCACGGCCAUUAUGGAGCCUAUCUGUAUAAAUCAGCUUUAGAGAAAACGCCUGCUGAGUCUCGCCCAUUCCUAUGGCGCCGUUAUAUCGAUGCGCUCACAGAGAUGUUAAUCAUUGUCGGGAUGCCAAAAACUCUAAACGCUCUGUAUCCAAUGAUUCCACUAGUCGACAAGGCAUAUUUAACGCAUGUUAAAAAGUCGGACUGGGAAGCCGACAACUCAGCCAGAGGCUGGGAGUAUGCGACAUUAACACAUGGAGACAGUUGGGCCGAUUCAUUCAAGGCGGCUGGCAUGUAUGCGCCGGAUAUUGCACAUAUUACUAUGGAUGUCUCAAUGCGCAAUCUCUUGUCGGAUUAUUCGGUACAUGACGGAUUGGCGACCAUGGCGUUGCUGGUAACGGUGUUGGUAACGAUGAACUGCCCCCUCCAAGCCUCUUGGCAUGCAAAAGGAUACUUGCGACACGGUGGAAAUAGAGAAAACCUGAAUAGAAUCGUCGAAUUUGCAAAGAAAAUUGCGAAUACCAUUGGAAACACUCUCCCCGCUGACUUUCCGACUGUGGAAAUGUUGCUGGAGGGAUUGUAG